CAACAGUGUCUCCAAACUUUGUGGCGGCACCUGUAGUGUGAGCACAGGAGAAUCACAUUGAUCGCUGAAUCCGCUGACAGAAAGAAGGAACGGACCAGAAACAAUGAAAGUUUGUUUGUGCAUCCUGCUACUCUUUAGCCACCCAAUCCUUUAUGCUAUAGCUUUAAAUUGUGAAGUGAUACCUGGUACCCUGAAGCAAAUAGAUGCUGGACUAGGGAUAGUAGGUGGGGUGAACGAUGAAAAUGAAGUCUUUCUGUUCCUGGGGACCAGAUUUGAAAAGAUAAACUCAUCCCUGAAGCACUUUACUGUCGGACCUGCUGGACAACUAGGGGCUGAUUCAUUAAACAAUGUCUUCAAGUUUGCAGAUGGAAGCUUCCAACCAAUUCCAGGCAUUCAACUCAAACAAGUAGAUGCAGGAGGAGAUCAGAUUAUUGUAGGUGUUUCACCGAUAGAUGAUGUCUUCUGCUUAAAUAAGGACGCUAACAAUGUCAGGCCAUCCGGUGAUGCUCCUUGGGUACAGCUUGCAGGAAAGCUGAAGUACUACAGCUGUGGCCCAUACAGCUGUUGGGGAGUGAACGCCGCAGGAAAUAUCGUCAUCAGAAGGUCUGUGACGGGUGCUUCCUGUGGAGGGUUGGGUGCUUUUGAGGCUGUUGCUGGAUCUCUGUCCAUGGUAGAAGUAUCAAGUGAUGGCAACAUCUUUGGCGUUGACGCUCAAGGGAAUUUAUUGCAAAGAACUAGUGUCUCUGUAUCAAAUCAAUUCGGAUCAAGUUGGGCAAGUGUUUCAGUCUGUCCUAAUGGCCACAAGCAUGUGACUUUUGAUCUGGGGAGGCUGUAUGUCAUCUGUGGUGAUGGAUCUAUCAGGAGAUGCAUUUAAAUGUCCAACAGAAAAGCUUGACUAUCAUUAUAAACAAAAAAUCCCUCUUCUUUCUCUUGAAUGAAUAAACUUUUAUGAUUAACAUGACUUCUGAAGUGUCAGUAAAGGUCAAUAAAAUGCUACCUAAUCAACUUCUUGAUCAGUUUAAAUUAUUAUUAUUAUUAUUAUUUACCCUUGUACUGUGUUGAAACUCCUUUACCUAAUUAGGUGUUCCUGGUCACAAAUGAUUGACCUUCUCUAAUUAAGCUAUACAAAGCUAAAAAGCAAGCAAAGCAUAUGGAUGUGAUGUUGACAUUUGAUUUGAUUCUAAAUGUGUAUGAUUCACAUUCAUACACAUAUAGAAACUUAUAAUAAAAUGUUAAUAUGGGUUGAAAAAAAUUACAUUCUGCAAAAUGCAUUCUGGUUAUUAAUCUAAUAUUAUUUUAUGGACUGUUAUAAGGACUGCCUCCCUCAGACUGCAUGUCUGAUAACAAAUAUGUACUUUAUUUUCUCCUUUGUCUUCUAAAAUUAACUGUAUUUUCAGGAUUUUGUAAUGUGUAUGUUCCGUAUAAAACAUUCAUAGUGCUUUUUAUCUCCACGAAGACUCAACAGAUGAUAACCAUAAAUAAAUUCUUGUGUUCUUCACUUUUAUCCUUGCUUUUGUUGGCUAUCCCUUUACAGUAAUGCCACUUUUGUAAAUUAUUACAGUGUAUCUGUUUGUAUUACUAAAAUAAAUAAA